GUGUGUGUGUGUGUGUGUGUGUGUGUGUGUGUGUGUGCGCGCACACAUGUCCUUGUCAGGGUGAAGCGAGGUAGCGGAGCACGAAACACAACACAGACACAGCCAUGAACCACCUCCUGAGAAUUCCAGUUCUGGUCAGCCGAGCCUUCAGCAGCUCUGCCAGACAGCUGAAGAACAAAGUCCCCGAGGCGCAGAAACUCUUCCAGGCGGACAACGGGUUGCCAGUCCACAUCAAGGGAGGAACCUUCGAUGUCGUGCUCUACCGGGCGACCAUGACGCUAACUCUUGGAGGAACCUUCUACUCUCUGUACUGGCUGCUCAUUGCCUCGAUGCCGCAGAAGAAAGCGUAGCGAAGAACGGGCUCCGUCUAUCGCAUGGAGAGCAACAUUCGCCUCCGUCUAACACUAAUGUUUUAAUGUUUGUUGUGUACAAUUCUCUGAUCGGAUGUAAUCACAAGUUGUCCUGCUUUCAACAUGGCAACGAUUAAUAUGUAAAAACUGUAAAGAAAAAUUUAAACUCAA